GAAGACUCGUUCGCAUAUUAUAUGCUGGGUUACAAGUUUGUGCGGAGGACAGAUCGAGAAGACGAAGAACUCCCAGGACUGACAAGAUCGAGUGACCAGCUAGUUUAGCAGUUUAGAAACAUUACCCUGUAUGGUUGCUUGCAUCCUGUCAGCCAUCUUGUUAUUUUGAAUUAGAUAUUCUGUUUAAACAUCGGAAUAGUUGAAUAUAGUGUAAAAUGGCGACAGAUCAGCAGCCGAUCAAGCAGUCAGAUGUUGCACUCGCCGUCCCCGAGGGGCUUGCAAUGGAGGACCGUGAUCCGGAUGAUAUCAACAGUCAUGUGAAGGUCUUCUGGCACGAAAUCUUUGCCGAGCCCGACGGCAUCCAUAGUCAGGAUAGCACUUGGAUCAAGAGUUACAACACGUACAACUGGAGUAAGGAUUGUUGCUACACUUGUUGCAGCACUGUUUGCAGUAUUCCUGCAGCUUUCUGCUGGGGUGUUUACUUCGCUAUCCUCUCUUUCUGCCAUAUUUGGUGUGUCGUUCCAUGUAUCAAGGCUUACAUGAUCAAGCUUGUAUGUGCGACCAAGAGUUACGCCAUCUGCGUCAAAGCCUUCUGUGAUCCUUGCUAUGAGAGCGUUGCUCUCAUGUUCUCUCGUAUCAAGGUCAUAUUUGCUCCUACCACGCCAGAAGUUGCGCAAGAGAUCACUUACACCUAAGAUACUUCUUCCACUGUCAUAGAUUCGUCACAGGUCCACCACAAGUGCUAAGCUAUAAAAGCAGUCUUAAAAGUGUUCCAGUAUUUGUGUACUAGAGUAAAAAAGUUUUCAAUACAUUUCCUGAAGCACUUUAACUUGCGUUUACGGCAGUGGAAAUGUAACUUGUAAAGUUAGACCAUGAAACGACGAUCUUCAGCCGGCUCCGAGUCUUUUGCAAGCAAUUGGACAUAAAGGUUGACAAGUCAGCUUUGUUUCUUCAAGCCUCUUUUAACGAAUAUUUCAUAAAUAGAUAUUUAAUUUCGCAUUUGUGUUUAUCAAUUUCUUACGUAAAAUAAUAGAUAAUUCGGGCAAUUUUAAUCCCUUCCGGAAUCAUUGCGUACUCCAUGGUACAGCAUUGGACAGUCAGACCGCAGGUCCCAAGAAAGUGGCUUCUUUCAUCCAAGUGAUAUUCAUGACUUGAGAUGUUUUGCAUAUUUAAUGAGCUUGAUGCGGACCAAAACACCUCUUUUCAUUCGGUCAUUGCUGCUCUAAUUGUGCAUCGAAUUUCAUGAAUUUGGUACCAUUGUAAAGAAGAAGAAUCAUUCUUUCAGGUCAUGUGUUUGGAUUUAUUCAAAGAUUUUGUAAUAUAGGUUAAAAUUUUGAUCUAAAAUAUGCUACAAAAUAAAUAUUUUCACCUGACAAAAGCUGCUAUUUUCACACUUUAUUUUUGUUUGAGCCCAAAUGAUUUUUAUAUCAUGAUAAAGCUGAAUAUGUAUGCUUUGAAAUGAUAUAGGUUUCAAAAUAAGAAUUGGUUUAAUCGGGUCAAGAUCACACUUUUCAUUUGCCAAGUACAUAAAGCAGCUUGAAAACAAGAAUACUGCACUCUGAUUGGUCAAAGAGACCGCACACUGGCAAAUUCCAACGGUUCCAGUGCCUGGGUUCGUGGGAAGGUCACACUUCCCAUGUGGUAAUCUCCUCAAAUACCCCGCGCCUGUUGUUCUGUGAAUCUUAUCCAGCCAAUCAGAACUCUGGAUUUCAUGCAAGUACAAAAUUUCAGAAAUCUCGUCUUGUACCUUGGUGGGAAAAGUGUGAUCUUGACCCGAUUAAAAGGUGCUGCAUAUCAAGAGUGGCAUUGUGAGAAAGUACAUAAGUUCAGCUUUAUGUUGAUAUAAAUAUCAUUGAGGCUCAAAAUAAAAAGUUUUGCACAAUUUGCAAAAGAAAACAGAGGAAGAAAAUUCAGUUUUGAGGCACAUUUUCAGGCCAGAAAUUUACUUAUUUAACAAAAUAUUGUAUACAAAAUAAAUGACCAAUAUGAAAGAGUAACUUUUACUCUAUCUGAUGGUGUAAUAAUAUUUCAUUUAACUUGAGGUUAAAACAGGUAAAUUCUUAGAGAAAGAAAAUCUCACGAAUCACGAGAUUUUGCAAGGAGGAGGAUUCAGCCACGAGAUGAUUUGGAUGAAUCUGGCCUUUUUGCUCAUUAGCAUAGGGACCUGCGGUCUGACUGUGGAGUACAUAGUUCUAUGUAUCUGUGGGGUGUCUGUUCUGUUAUAAUCACCAAUCUAUACUUAAACUCGAUAUUUAUCUUUUUUAUAUUUAUCUUUUUUAAACAAUUAUUUGAAUACUAUUUUUCCGUAUAUUACAUAUAUACCAUUUUGUGCAACUAAUGUGUAGUAUAGGAGUCUUAAUAUAUUUAACAUAAAUAAGUGUACAUUCCAUUAUUCAUAUUAAUGAUACAUGCAUUAAAACAGGGUAAUUUAUCAAUUAUCAAAUUUUUGUUUGGUAUCAUGUGUCAUCGGCUUUCAAGAAGUUUGUCUUUACGAUUUCUUUCAGCUGAUUUUUUUUUAGAAUUGUUCUUGAAAAAGAAAGAAAAUGAAAAAGUUAUAUCAAUAUGUCGCUCCUCUCCAUUCCUGUUUUAGCCCUCGUUAACUAUAGCCAUACCAUUUUUUACCUUUCAAUUCAAACUUGGAUAAAUUAUUUUUUAUCUUUCUGUCAAUUUUGUGAACACAUUUACAAGUUAUGGCAUUUUGAAGAUUUGCAUUAUUUCGGUGAAACAGUUCUAUGUAUGUCUUCAUAAAUAUUGAAUGACCAAACUGAUGUCCUAUGUGCAGUAUAGGGCAGUGUACAUAAUAUGUGUGAGUGCGGGUGUAUGAGUGCGUGUGUGCGCGGGUGUAUGAGGGAGAUGUGUGUAUAUGUUGCGGAUAUGUGCGUGAGGGUCUGCCGCGCGAUAAGAGGUGUUUGUCCGUAUAAUAAUAGUGAAUGCUGCUAUACUUCAAACUCGCAUCCAUUCGUCCUUCAACAUUAUCUUAGCUGUAUACGGUGUAAACGGCCACUUUCUGAAGUGUUUUGGAAUGUGUUGAAUUCUAUGAAAAGUUUGGUAAUUUUUAAUCUCUCUAGGCAUAUGAUCUCAACCAUCUGUACAGAUAUACAAGCUAGGCAUUACCGCAGUAUAGAACUGAUAAUUCAGCAGUACUCGGAGAUCAAGAAAGUAACUACACAAGUUAAUUUAUUUUGAUGCGAAAUCAGCAUGUGAUUCAAUCAAGUGGUACUUUCUUCUGCAAAAUAAACACACAUGAGUAAUAACAAA